AUGGUAGGUGGUAAUUUGGAUUCCAACCCUCUUACUGAUGAAUUACUCAAAUUAUUUGAUAAUGGGAUCGACUUACGUAUCGCAAAGAACCCCUUUUCUGCUAGUCAUUACCUCACACUCUCUGAUCAUCUAAGCUAUGGGCUUAAAAUUUCAUUACUGAGAGGAAUACCAAUAUUGAAUACUGACUGGACAGACUUUAUAAUAGAAAAUAAGGAAAGUUUUGAAAGAUGGUUCUUAGAACUUGAUCCAAGUGUAUUUUUACCCUAUUCUACGAAAGAUAAUCGAUAUUUAAUCCCAAAUAAGGAAAGAACAACAUUGCUAAAAAGCUCGAUGUUUGUUAUAUUUCAUGAUACGAAAGAUAAACUAUCCAAAUGGAUAGGUUCACUUGGAGGCAAAGUUUUUAAAGUCGAUAUAUCAGCGUAUUAUAGUGAAAGUAAAAUUGACGAAAACUUGUUAUCCAUCAUUAAAACAAAAGUGAAAGAAGCUGAAUGCGAUAAAUGCUUUUUGAUGGAAUUUAGCGAUUAUAAAAUCAAGAAUUAUAAUCAAAUAGAAGAAGCAUUAAGUGAUUUUGCACAUGUAAAUUCUGGAAAGAUUAUUACAGAAGCAAUGUUAUAUGAAAGUGUUGUAAAUAUUUCUACUAGUAAUUUGCUAAGUUUGAAUCUUGACAGGGAAUUAAAACGAUCUACCUCAGCGGAAAUAGUAUACUCUCAACCUCAAAGAAAAAGAAGAAAAUUCAAGAAAGUUGGAAUAACAGAUUUUUUUGACUUUAAACCACCCAUUAAGACUGAAAGUCUGUUCCUUGAUGAGGCUGUUGAUAAAAUUGUAAUCGAAGAUAAGCCGAUGCACAACAGCAUGAUAAGUGCUUCGAUUUCAGCUUCAUCUGAUAACAGAAAUACUGUUCUAAACAACAGCGGUUCACCAGUUGUUCAUACAGAUGUAUCUAUAAACGAAUUACCUAAUAAAAAUAAUGAUGAAAGUAAUGUCUCUCUCAAAAGGCAAGUAGAUAGUUAUACGGAAGAAGGGCCAAGAUUGAAAAAGAAAAAAGAAGAAAAGAAGAUUGGAAAAUUCGUACCACAGAUUUCACUUCUUGAUGCAAUAAAAUCUACCAAGGAACGAGCCAAAGAAAAUGCUCGUGAAGAAUUGGGUAUAGAUGAGAAAGAAAACGAUGGCUUAAAUGAAAAUUUGAAAAAUUUGGCUAUUGUAGAAACAUUUAAUGUUUCAAGAAGGAGAAGGGAACUUGUUCCGAUUGAAACACGCAAUACGUCAUACAAAGAAAGGAAGAACUUUAAAACUUUCAGAAAAAAUAAACCGUUGGAAAAUGAUAAAAGAUGUCUUAUUGACAUGCAGCCGGUUCUAGUUGGUGAUGGAAUAAGUAAUGUAUUUAUUGAAAGUAAUAAAGGCAAAGAAAACACACAGAGACAACUGAAGUUGAUGGAUGAUAUUGGCGGGGUUAUGAGUGAAGUCAAUGGGUAUAAACCUUAUUCUAUCAGUCUAGAGGAAGAUAAUGAUAAUGAUGUAGAUAGUUUCUCAUUUCAAACUUCAAUUAAACCUAUACGUGAAUCUACCCUUUUCGUUCCAGAAGAUGAUACACAAACAGAAUAUAAUCCUACUGCUAGUACAUCAGGCUAUAUGCGACAUAAGAGUGAAGUUCGUAAUGCCCCUGUUCAUGACGAUGAUGAUGAUGAUGAAGAUCUUGAUGAUGACGAUGAUCAACCUAAAUUUGCAUUCACUAGAGCAUAA